GUCAGGGCUUGGCAAACUUUUGUUUACAUUUUACUAAAGUAAAGAUUUACAUGCAAUUUUAUUAAAUUAACAGUUAAAAUGUCUUUGACAGCAAGAGCCUCAUUUAUUGGAUGUUGUAUAGCUAGUGUUUCUAUCAUAGGAUUCGUGCAUUAUCAACAAAGUACAGAUAGAGCAAAGUUAAAGGAAGGCGUAUACCGAGAUAUAGAAAGACAAGCUGUUAAACAACAAUUGACAAUUAACACAUAUAAUUUAAAUCAACAAAAGGAAAUGGAGAAGAUACUUAGGAAGGAGCAAGCAAUUCAAGACGAAGCAUUACAGAAUUAAAUGGUUGGAAUUAGAAAGUUUUAAUAAAUUUAGGAAGCUAUUUGCAGCUAUUUGUAUAAAAUAAGGCACGAGUAUUUUUCAUAACGAC